GACCCAGUGUGUUUUAAGUUGCCAGCACAGAAGAAGGGCAACAAGGGAAUAAGCACUGAAAGCAAAAUCACACAGUCUCCUUAACGAAUCAUAAGUAAAAGCUGUCAGUUUCAAUGAUUCUUGCAGAUUUGAGGCUGCAUUUCUCAUGCAAGGCGGUCGUAGGCACGUAGAAGAGACUGAGACUUUCAGCCUGUGACGCUGAAUUGCACAACAAGCCUCUCCUUCAGCUGCUUUCUGCACUAGACUACCCUGAAUUUUUCUUCGUAGGAUAUUUCCUUCCACACUGCCACAGAAGCUCCACGUCCUCCAGCCAAAGCCAUCCGUCAUGAACUCCGGAAGGAACUGAGACGAGGCAGAAAUGCUGAUGUGUGGGAUGCUCCAUCGCCUCCUUCUGGCUGGGACCUUUCUCUGUGUCUGUGGAACCCCGGUCCACCUCUCAGACCUCACCCCCACGCAGGACAGCAACUGUGAUGGGCAAUGUGCCAGCUCACUAACAACUGUUGGAUCAACACAUGGCACAGGUGUGAAGUCUAAACCCUCAGAUACAGAUCAUGGUGUGUUUGGUUCUUCAGAACAUGUGGAUGGCCUCGUAUUGAAUUUAGGUGCAGGAGGAGGGGUUGGCCCACAUGGAGGCAAAACAAGACCUGAGGGGAUAGCUCCAGUGACGCAGACAGAAAAUGGGGACAGCCUUGAUAGAAGAUCUGGGCCGAGCGAGGCUGGCAGGAAGGCAUGGAGCCAAAGGAGGGAGAUAAAGAAGGUCGGUGGCACAUCGGAGAUAGGAGAUGCACAUAGACAGGCGGAGACAGCGUCAGUGCUGUCUAUUGAUCCACAGAGCAAGCCAGGAUCCGAUGAGGACACAAAGAAGCCUCUGUCUGCUUCAACAGGUGACAAAAAGCAGCAGGACAUGGCUAAACUGACUUCGCAGGGUACCCUCCCUCCGGCCGUAUUCAUCUCUCCUCGGACCUCCACACCUUUGUCAAUCUGGGGCCACGAGGGAGGAGCCACCAUGUCCACACUCCCAGACCCUCUGUUACCUGAAAUGGGACCAAACCUGAUGCCAAAGGAGGACGGUCCAGAAAGCCUAUGGACUGAAGCGUCAAGACCCAGUGGUGCGGACACUGUGGUCCCACUGUCUCAGGAUGAAGCCACAGAGGGCACCAUGUCAUCAGAGUCUCUCCCUCUCAUCUUCGAGCCUUUUGAAGACGUUGCACCAGAGGGGACGGUGGGAGCGGCGGCGGCAGCGGCGGUGGUCACCCUGCUGCCCGGCAGCGCAACCGGAGGGAUGCCACUGUCAGAGGUGGACCUGGAGCAGCUGGUCACCGUGGAGACAGACCCACCCCUGCUGAUUCCAGACUGGGCGUCACCUUGCCAGACAUCUGGCGCUGAGCUCCUGGAGCCAAUCAGCUCUUCAGGGCCGACUGUGUCACAGCAGCCGACUGGAACUGAAACAGGACCGGAGCAGUUUGAGAGAGGUGCCAUGAGGACGCCAAACCUUGACGAGAACCUGCCCACCACUGGCCCCUCCCACUCAUCCUUCCAGCGUUCUAUGACAACUGUAACUAUGGUAACCCAUCAGCCUGUGCCCAAAUCCAGAUCAGCAUUAGAUGAGAUGGAGUCUGACGAGGAAACAGAUGAAGAUGAGGAUGAUGAGAACUCUGAGGAGUCGGUGGAAGAGGAGAGCGACGAGGACCUGACAGAGACACCUAACACGUCCUCAACGCCGCCUCCUUACAGCCUUAUCCCUCCACCUCCUGUCUGGGUUCAACGCAACCAGGGGCUGAUGCGUAGCUGGGUAGAGCUGAUCAGAGAAAAGGCAGGUUAUGUGUCUGGGAUGUUGGCUCCUCGUGGGCAUCGCAUCACAGGGGCCCUGCUAAUUGUCGGUGCCCUCUACAGCAUUAGGAUGAUUCACCGCAAGAGGAGGAACAGCUUUAAACACCAGAGGAGGAAGGUCAGGCAGCCAGAGCAACCCCGCGAGCCAGGCACCAGCCGUCAGGACCAGGCCAUGCUGCUGGCCGACAGCUCUGAGGAUGAGUUCUGAGGAUGAACCGCCUUCACUGGCUCAAUGUUUUUCUGUGACCAACGGCUGAAGCUCCUGCAUUGGAUGUUCAGCAAACUUCACCAUCGCUAUGACUACUGCGUCUCCAAUCACCCUGGGCUGUUUGGUUAUGACUCAUCUGAUCCUGAGUGUGACUGAGUAUAGGGCCCAGUUUACAAAGGUCAGCUUUGUAUCCUCUCCCACCUUCUAAAAGUACCAAUAUGAGCACUUUUGUGGAUGUUGUCAAGUGGUGUUGACUGAUGGCUUGACAGGACGAGUAGGAAGCACUUUGACAAAAAAAAAAAAAAAAAAGUCUAUCUAUUGCUGCUGUAAAAACUAAAUUCCUUAGCAGGGUAUUGUAUGUCUGAAAAAGCUGCUGGUUAACUGAGGUUCUGAUCUUGCAGAGUAAAGGGCUGUAGAAGAGCUACAAUACAUUAUGUUAAUAUAUGUACAGUACAUGUUGCUGACUUGGGGUCAGUUUUGUGAGUGUAAAUAGUUUCAAAUGCAGGAUGUGAACCUAAAGCAAGAUUUAUUCACUUUUAUUGCUUGUUUUAAAUGUGAACUUUGUGGAAAUGUUUUAUUGAGUCAUUCGUCCACAAAUGUUGCUGUGAGAAGCACAUGAAACACCAUCAUUCUGUAAAACUAUGUAGCAAAAAAACAGAUUAUGAUAUUCAAUAGAACUCUGUAAACAGACUGAUACAAACUCUUUUUCAGAGUGCAUGACUAACCCUGUUUCAGCAGCGUUCACGGGAACGUCAUUCUGUUGAAUGAAGUGUUUCUGUUGGCUGGAAAAGCACAAACAUUAAACCCACUGUGGGAUAAGGAAAUAUUUUCACAAUUUAAAGAUUUUUUUUUAUCCAGCUGAUUUUUCACAACAGCAUUUUUGUUUGUUAAUCUGAUUCAGAUAAGGGCAAAUAAUGAAGUGUUAAGUCCAAUACAUUUCACUCAGAAUGUCAUACUAGUGAGAUGAAGAAGAGGGAAAAAACAUAAUAAAAAAAAAGAAAAUCUAGAAAAUUGAAAGAGAAAAAUGAUCCAUGAAUAUUUGGAACAGUAUUCAUCUGAGCCAUGGAUGUAACACCAAUGUCCUGUACCUGAGAUUUUGUCUUGUUUUCAGAAAUAUAUAUUUUCUGUACUUCAUGAGCCAUAUGAUAUGCUCAAUGUACAGUACAUGUGCCUGUGUAUAUGCAAUACUGUUUUAGAGUUAGUGUGAUGAUGUAAAAUAGUGGACACAUUUUGUCUUUUCCUGUAGAUAUUUAACAGUAUGUGAUCAAAUAAAAAGUUAAUCCAUUUUUCUGUAACAUUCACCUCUAACAAUGUGAAUAAUGUUUCUAAUCAACAGACACCAAGCAAGAUAACAAGGUUUACAGCAUUAAAAAAAUCAAAUAAUUUA